AUUGGCCAGAGGCAACCCCAGGAAUGUGCGCGCGCCUUUAAAGGCGCUCGGCCCCGCCGCCCCGCCAGCCACUGCCUCCCCGCGGCCUCCCGCCCCGCGCCUCUCCGGACUCGGCGCCGCCGCUGCACCCGAGCGCACAGGCUCCCGCUGGGCACAAGCAGCUCCACCAUGGGGCUGGCCUGGGCACUCGGCGUCCUGUUCCUGUUGCAUGUGUGCGCCUCCAGCCGCCUUCCAGAGUCUGGGGGAGACAACAGCGUGUUCGACAUCUUUGAACUCACGGGGGCUGCCCGGAGGGGCUCUGGGCGCCGGCUGGUGAAGGGUCCUGACCCCUCCAGCCCAGCUUUCCGCAUCGAGGAUGCCAACCUGAUCCCCCCCGUGCCUGAUGACAAGUUCCAAGACCUAGUGGAUGCUGUGCGGGCAGAGAAAGGCUUCCUGCUCUUGGCCUCCCUGAGGCAGAUGAAGAAGACCCGAGGCACGCUGCUGGCCAUAGAACGGAAAGACCACUCUGGCCAGGUCUUCAGCGUGGUCUCCAACGGCAGAGCCGGCACCCUGGACCUGAGCCUGACCGUGCAGGGCAUGCAACACGUGGUGUCGGUGGAAGAAGCGCUGCUGGCCACCGGGCAGUGGAAGAGCAUCACCCUGUUCGUGCAGGAGGACAGGGCCCAGCUGUACAUUGACUGCGAGAAGAUGGAGAACGCCGAGCUGGAUGUCCCCAUCCAGAGCAUCUUCACCAGGGACCUGGCCAGCGUGGCCAGACUCCGCAUCGCGAAAGGAGGGGUCAAUGAUAACUUCCAGGGGGUGCUGCAGAACGUGAGGUUUGUCUUUGGAACCACACCAGAAGCCAUUCUCAGAAACAAAGGCUGUUCCAGCUCAACCAACGUCCUCCUCACCCUCGAUAACAAUGUGGUAAAUGGCUCCAGCCCCGCCAUCCGCACUAACUACAUCGGCCACAAGACUAAGGAUCUGCAAGCCAUCUGCGGCAUCUCUUGUGAUGAGCUAUCCAGCAUGGUUCUGGAGUUGAGGGGCCUGCGCACCAUUGUGACCACACUUCAGGACAGCAUCCGCAAAGUGACUGAAGAGAACAAAGAACUGGCCAUUGAGCUGAGGCGGCCUCCCCUCUGCUACCACAAUGGAGUUCAGUACAGGAACAAUGAGGAGUGGACCGUCGAUAGUUGUACCGAGUGCCGCUGUCAGAACUCUGUUACCAUCUGCAAGAAGGUGUCCUGCCCCAUCAUGCCCUGCUCCAACGCCACAGUUCCUGACGGAGAAUGCUGCCCACGGUGUUGGCCCAGCGACUCUGCGGAUGAUGGCUGGUCCCCAUGGUCCGAGUGGACCUCCUGCUCUGCGACAUGUGGCAACGGAAUCCAGCAGCGUGGGCGCUCCUGUGAUAGUCUCAACAACCGAUGCGAGGGCUCCUCCGUCCAGACGCGGACUUGCCACAUUCAGGAGUGCGACAAGAGAUUUAAACAGGAUGGCGGCUGGAGCCACUGGUCCCCGUGGUCGUCUUGUUCCGUGACGUGCGGUGAUGGUGUGAUCACUAGAAUUCGACUCUGCAAUUCUCCUAGCCCCCAGAUGAAUGGGAAACCAUGUGAAGGCGAAGCCCGGGAGACCAAGGCCUGCAAGAAAGACGCCUGCCCCAUCAAUGGAGGCUGGGGUCCCUGGUCACUGUGGGACAUCUGUUCCGUUACCUGUGGAGGAGGGGUGCAGAAACGUAGCCGGCUCUGCAACAACCCCACACCCCAGUUUGGAGGCAAGGACUGUGUCGGUGAUGCGACCGAAAACCAGAUUUGCAACAAGCAGGACUGUCCAAUUGAUGGAUGCCUGUCCAAUCCCUGCUUUGCUGGGGUCAAGUGUACUAGUUACCGCGAUGGCAGCUGGAAAUGUGGAACUUGCCCCCCGGGCUACAGCGGGAAUGGCAUCCAGUGCAAAGACGUGGAUGAGUGCAAAGAAGUCCCUGACGCCUGCUUCAACCACAACGGAGAGCACAGGUGCGAGAACACCGACCCCGGCUACAACUGCCUGCCCUGCCCACCACGCUUCACAGGCCCGCAGCCCUUCGGCCGUGGUGUAGAACAUGCCACCGCCCACAAACAGGUGUGUAAGCCCCGGAACCCCUGCACAGAUGGGACACAUGACUGCAACAAGAAUGCCAAGUGCAGCUACCUGGGCCACUACAGCGACCCUAUGUAUCGCUGCGAGUGUAAGCCCGGCUAUGCGGGCAAUGGCAUCAUCUGUGGGGAGGACACAGACCUGGACGGCUGGCCCAAUGAGGACCUGGUGUGCGUGGCCAAUGCUACCUACCACUGCAAAAAGGAUAACUGCCCCAAUCUUCCCAACUCUGGGCAGGAAGACUAUGACAAGGAUGGGAUUGGCGACGCCUGUGAUGACGACGAUGACAAUGAUAAAAUCCCAGACGACAGGGACAACUGUCCUUUCCAUUACAACCCAGCCCAGUAUGACUAUGACAGAGAUGAUGUCGGAGACCGCUGUGACAACUGCCCCUACAACCACAACCCAGAUCAGGCUGACACGGACAACAAUGGGGAAGGAGAUGCCUGUGCCGCAGACAUCGAUGGGGACGGUAUCCUCAAUGAACGUGACAACUGUCAGUAUGUCUACAACGUGGACCAGAGGGACACUGAUAUGGAUGGGGUUGGAGAUCAGUGUGACAACUGCCCCCUGGAACAUAAUCCAGAUCAGCUUGACUCUGACUCAGACCGCAUUGGAGAUACCUGUGACAACAAUCAGGAUAUUGAUGAAGAUGGCCACCAAAACAACCUGGACAACUGUCCCUAUGUGCCCAAUGCCAACCAGGCUGACCAUGACAAAGAUGGCAAGGGAGAUGCCUGUGACCAUGAUGAUGACAAUGAUGGCAUUCCUGAUGACAGGGACAACUGCAGACUUGUGCCCAAUCCUGACCAGAAGGAUUCCGACGGUGAUGGUCGAGGGGAUGCUUGCAAAGACGAUUUUGACCAUGACAAUGUGCCAGACAUUGAUGACAUCUGUCCUGAAAACAUUGAUAUCAGCGAGACUGAUUUCCGCAGAUUCCAGAUGAUUCCUCUAGAUCCCAAAGGGACAUCCCAAAAUGACCCUAACUGGGUGGUACGUCAUCAGGGUAAAGAACUCGUCCAGACCGUCAACUGUGAUCCUGGACUUGCUGUAGGUUAUGAUGAGUUCAAUGCUGUGGACUUUAGUGGCACCUUCUUCAUCAACACAGAGAGGGAUGAUGACUAUGCUGGAUUUGUGUUUGGCUACCAGUCUAGCAGCCGCUUCUAUGUGGUGAUGUGGAAGCAAGUCACACAGUCCUACUGGGACACCAACCCCACUCGGGCUCAGGGAUACUCUGGCCUUUCCGUGAAAGUCGUGAACUCUACCACCGGGCCAGGCGAGCACCUGCGGAAUGCCCUGUGGCACACAGGAAACACCCCUGGCCAGGUGCGCACUCUGUGGCAUGACCCUCGACACAUAGGCUGGAAAGAUUUCACUGCCUACAGAUGGCGUCUCAGCCACCGGCCCAAGACAGGUUUCAUUCGCGUGGUGAUGUAUGAAGGGAAGAAAAUCAUGGCCGAUUCAGGACCCAUCUAUGAUAAAACUUAUGCUGGUGGUAGGCUAGGGUUGUUCGUCUUCUCUCAAGAAAUGGUGUUCUUCUCUGACCUGAAAUACGAAUGCAGAGAUUCCUAAUCAAACUGUUGAUCAAAAGACUGAUCCUAACCAAUGCUGGUGUUGCACCUUCUGGAACCACGGGCUUAAGAAAACCCCCAGGAUCACUCCUCCCUGCCUUUUCUCUGCUUGCAUAUCAUUGUGGACACCUAGAAUACGGGAUUUGCCUCGAGACCAUGCCAUUUUCCAAAUCAGACUCAGCAGGCAGCCUCUGAACGCGAAGAGAAUCUUCCAAGAGCAUGAACAGUUACCUUGGUGUGCUUUUCAAAAAGCAAAAAAAAAAAAAAAAAAAAAAAAAAAGCAUCCACUUGCUUGGGCUGGCAAGUGGCUAUCCACUCCGUUCCUGUCAGAGUAGAGUGCUCUUGUGAGGCCCUCUUUGAGACGUGGACUCAAAAGCAUUUUCAGGCAUGUGAGAGAAGGGAGGACUCAUUAGAAUUGGCCAAACACCACCCUUGACAGACUCCCUCAGAAAGAGGGGGAGCAGGGGCCCGAGCCCGAAGUGGGGGGGCAUGUCCCCAAGAGAUGAUUGUAUGAAGAAAAGAUGGAGGAGCUGUUACGUGUUCGGUACUAAAUCAUUUUCAGGGGAUUGAAAGACUCUUGCUGGAUUUCAUGAUGCUGACCCACGUUAGCUGACUAACCCACGUACAUAGGCACUUAACUAGAAGCAGGGAAGGGAGGGAAAGACUGGCUUCUGGACUUCCUCCUGGAUCCCCAUCCCUUACAUGCCACCAGUAAUGACCACAAUAGGGAGUGAGCAUUGAGCCAGUGGAAGUAUGUGCUGGCUGCCCCUGCCUGGUUGUCAGGAAAUUGUUCGUUUUAUUCCACACGUAGCUCGUGCAGAUGUAGCAGGAAAAUCCGAAAACCUACCAUCUCAGUGAGCACCAGGCUGCCUCCAAAGGGAUAGGCAGCUUUGCUCAUAUUUUUAUGGUUAGAAAGGCACAAAAUUAUCAACUAAAACAUUCCUGGUCUCUCUUUUUCCUGAGUGUCAUGGAGUUUUCCAACUCUUUAAGACUUUUUGUUUUUGUUUUUUUGUUUUUUUUACAAUUAACAAUAUAAAAUAUUUAUUUUUUACUUACUCUGGAGGAUCUGUCUGAAAGACUAUUCAUGGAACAGGAAGAAGCGUAAGGACUAUCCAUAUCAGCUUUGUUAGGAGUCUUCAUGACUGUAAGAUUGUAAAUACAGAUUAUUUAUUAACUCUGUUCUACCUGGAAUCUAGGUUUCAUAUGGAAGAUGUCUGACAGCAGGUAGUGGAGAUUUAUCAACCAAUGUCUCAUGAACGGCACAAGGAACAUCAGAGCAAGAUGCUCUUUACUUUGUGCUCAGAGUGAAUGAUUUGGGAUCUUUUUUCUUUGUCUUUUCAAGUGGAAUGAGUUGUCUGUUUGCUAGUGUCUUUAAGUUUCAAAGAAAGCCACGAGGCCUUUCAUAACUUUUACCCCAUCCCUUGUGCCUAUUUCCAGGGAGAAGAAAAGUAUCUACACUUUUUUGUUUUUCCAAAAGAGAAAAAAAAAAUAACAAAGGUGAAACUUAUAUACAAAUAUUACCUCAUUUGUUGUGUGACUGAGUAAAGAAUUUUUGGAUCAAGCAGAAAGAGUUUAAGUGUCUUACAAACUUAAAGCUACUGUAGUACUUUAAAAAAAAAAGUCAAUGUUGUACAUAGUAUAAAAAUUCUUUGCAGAAAAGUAUUCCCAAUAAGAAAAUAGCAUGGAAAUGUUAAAUACAUUUUCUGAAAGUUGUUUUUUUCUAUCUUAUAUACCAUUGCUUUAUUUUUAUAAAUUAUUUUCUCUUUGCCCUUGGAAUAGAUCUCAGAUUGUGUAGAUAUGCUAUUUAAAUAAUUUAUCAGGAAAUACUGCCUGUAGAGUUAGUAUUUCUAUUUUUAUAAAAUGUUUGCACACUGAAUUGAAGAAUUGUUGGGGUUUUUGUUUUUUGAUUUGUUUUUUGCUUGUUACCCUCUCCCCCCAGUUUUUACUAUUUGCCAAUACCUUUUUCUAGGAAUGUGCUUUUUUUUGUACACAUUUUUAUCCAUUUUACAUUCUAAAGCAGUGUAAGUUGUAUAUUACUGUUUCUUAUGUACAAGGAACAACAAUAAAUCAUAUGGAAAUUUAUAUUUAUA